AUGACGCCACCUCCAGCAACUUGGCGCGCGCAUCAGACGCUCUCCAUACACGCCAAACCUAUCUCCAGCCUCUCAUUCUCACCUGAUGAGGGUUUUCUAGCCUCCUCAUCGGCCGAUUCCUCGAUUAAAAUCUGGCGCUUGACGUCCUCAAACGAGCUGGAGACGUCGCCCAAGGCCUCUCUAUAUGGACAUGAGGCUGGCGUAUCUGCAGCCUGUUGGUCACCGGACUCUCGGCACUUGGCAUCGGCUUCGGACGACCGCACGGCACGACUAUGGGACGUAGAGACUGCCAAGACGCUCGCCACACUAGGCGCCACCCACCGGAGCUUGGACGCUGCGCUCACCAUUCCGUUGUCGCUCUUGGAGGGGUCCUCUACGACCUUAGGGCUGGACGAGGAUGGGAUUAGUUCUGGAGUCGUGACGGCGGACCCACCCGUCGAGUCGCAUAAAGGUUUUGUCAGCUGCGUUGCCUUCAAUCCUCAGGGAUCGCUGGUAGCCACGGGUUCUCAUGACGAGAACGUGAGACUCUGGGACGUCCGUAAUGGCAGAACAGUCGCCAUCAUUGGCGCUCAUCAGGAGCCAGUGGUCAGCGUGCAGUUCCAUCCGACGGACGGCUCGCUGUUGGUCACAGGCGGAUACGACGGCUUGGUGCGUGUGUGGGAUGUGGCUUCUCGUCAGUGUCUGCGUUCAAUUGUUACGGACCCGGCAGCGCCUGUGGGCAGUGCGAGAUUUACGCCAAAUGGUCGCUACGUGCUCAGCGCGACUCUCGAUGGCACGGUGCGUCUCUGGGAUUACAUGCGCGAUAUCUGUGUGCGCACGUACAGCGGCCAUGUCAAUCGCAAGUUCAGCAUGCAGUGCGCCUUCUUGGAGCAGCAAUGGAACCAGCAGCCUGUUGUGGCUUGUGGAUCGGAGGAUAGCCGAGUUUUCAUGUGGGAUGUGGACACGCAGAACGUGUCUUCUGUCUUGACCGGUCAUGAUCACCCUGUGCUCGCACUUGCGGCUCAUCCGACGAGUGCGCUGAUGGUAUCGGGUUCCAAUCGAGACAUUAAGAUAAGCACACAAUGA